GCAUUGAUAUCAAUAGUGUUGUGUCAUAUAUUCGUAGUCAGUUCAUGCACUAUUGAUACUAGAUAUCAUCCGGCCAUGGGAUUUUAAAGAUUUGAGAGAAUUAAUUUAUAUAAAAAGUUCUAAAUAUUGAUUUGAAAUAUAGUUUUCCAUAUAUAUACGAUUUGAUAUGCCUUUUUUUUUCUUACCACAACAAUGAUGUACUUAUAAAGAAUUUGAUAUAUACAUUACUAAUUUAUGAAAAUGUAAUUUGAAAAACACGUAUGUAUAUAUAUGUAGAUUUACUAUGUUGAAACAAUGCAAUUAAAAUUUGUAACGUUUUCUCAUCUUUUUCAAUAGCUAAUAUCAAGUUUCAGUGUCUAUAUGAUAACCUUUCUAUCACUUGUGUAAAGCUCUCCUAGUUUGACUUAUCUUCUAAAUCUCAAAUAUAUUUAAAUGUGUUUCUAAGUAUAUAAAUAUUGUAAAUACUAAGAUUAGGCAAUAGUUAAGUAUUAGUCUACUGUAUGCAUUCUGUAAAAAGCAUAUGAAAACAUUCAUAGUAGAAGAGGUCGACGAUAAAAUCAAAGUUUUGGAUAGUUAUACAAAGAUGUCAACUGUUUUUUUUUCUCGUUUUCUUAAUGUAUUGAAAAAAUUGUUUGCGUUGUAGUGCUGCUCAAAAUUCGAGAAAUGAAUUUAAGUUGGUCGCGUAACGACCACCUGUAUCAUUAAUAAAUACUUGUAUUUUUAGUCACACGUAACCAUUUUAUAAAAGAUUUGUUUGGUUAUUACAGACGAAAAAAAAGAGAAAAGGUCUAUAUAUGAUUUUGUUUUCUUUAGUAUUAGUUCAAUCCUUAUCUUAAACUUUAGGGAUCAGAUGAAUCCUGGUUUUGAAAUUUCUACUCUGAUAUUGAAACCUAGAUAUUUUUGUAGAUGGGUUUCCCAAUUACACAAGUUUUGUUGUUGUGUUGAUGUUUACCAUUUCAAAAUAAUUUAUUAUGCCCUUGAUAUUUAUAAGUUUGAUUUCCAGUUUUUCUACAUCUAUUUCCCGACUGAAAACAUUAAAAUACGCUAUUCUCUUUCUGGUCUUGUAGUUUCUAUACGUAUCAAACUAUCAGGGUUGGGGACAAAAAAAUAUAUUUUAUUUUUAUUAUUUGAAUCAGUUGUGCUGAUAACGAAAUAAAAGCGUAACAUACUACAGAGAUCCAAAUAAGUGACAACUACUUGCUACCACGUGGCUCUUCUAUCCAUCUAGGUCGAGAAGCUUGCCACGUAUGAAUAUGGGUAAAGCACCGUCCAAUCUAUAAGAGCUUUUUGAGCAAUUAACCAUCGACCAACCUCUUUCUAAGUUAUGCAAAUAAAUACAAGGAAUACAAAUUUAAAGCAACAACAAAUUUGAAAUGUUAUCGUCUUAUCGAACCUUCCAAAACAGUUUACUUCGAGGGGUUGAAAAUUUAGCUAUAUGUACGUUUUUUGUUGUUAAAACACAAUUCGUCGAGUUUUUUUUUUUUUUUUUUUGAAAUAGCUUUUUUUUUACUAUCAGGUUAUAAUCAGUCAUUAACCAAACGAGUUUCACGAAACCAAAGAAAGAUAUUGAACGCUAGCUGAGAAGUGAUUAUUUAGUGGUUACGGCCUUACCGGUUAGUAUCUUAUUCGUAUAACAUAUGCAGUUAUUUUCAUUUGUGAUUUGCCAAAAAUCGGGAAUUGAGAUGCAAGUAGACGAUGUUUUUUUGGUGUUAUAGAAAAUGGUUUUGUCCAUGUAUGAUAUAUGGAUACUUAAAUGCCACUAUAACACUUGAUUAAACCAGCCUUGAUUCUUGAUACCAAGUUGAAAUGAUAUCAAAACACGACGACAAGUGUACUGAUGUGUGAUACUGGUGUGUCGUUUCUCGUAAGGGUUGACUUAGAGGAGGAGUAAAUGGAGUGAGAGAGAAAGGGUUCAUGAACUAAUAAAUGUGUAGAUAAGCUCUAAAUAACAAUUUGACAGUUAUCCGUUUUGUGACUGAAUCUUGCGUUUUAUAUAAAAGAAGUAGCUUUUGAUAAAAAAACAAAAUAUAAAAGAAGUAGAUUUGAUAUAAAUAUAUAUGCUACUCUGAAUAUUUAGCUGGUUUCAAUUUUAAAUACGUUAUUAAAUCUAAAUACUGAAUACUUUCUAAUUCUAGGACUUUGUCGGUUUAGUACCACAAUCAGACUUUUCAGAUGAUCGUGAUAUGACACCAGCACUAACUAUUGCACUAAUAUUGAUAACAAAAAGAUGCAAUUAUGUUUACAAAAUUACCACGCUAAUACGAAACAUCUUCACUUUUUCAUAAACGGUUUGAACGUAACUUCACUUUUCUUUUUCGGUAAAUUAGCUUACUCAACAAGUUAACAAAUACGUUGACGACGAGUAAUUUUCACCCGGUAGAUGAUAGAUCCUUGGUGAUAACUGAUAAGUAAGGUAUGCGGGAAAAGAAAAAGGUAUGUCAGGCCUCAAAACAAGGAUUAAUUAACUUGACUUUCAGAAAAAAAUAUUAGAAACAUCAUAUAUAUGAUUAAAGUCUUGGAAGGGUCGCUUUCACUAAUGCAAGGGCAUGUACAAUUAUUAUCUUUGAAGGAGACUGAAAAGUUCUUAACAAUAUCGUUAACCUAAUCAACAAAUAACUUUAGAAGUUCACAGUUAGAUUCGAUUGAUUAAGAUUGGAAAAGCAGAUUCAAUAAUAGUGGGCCUUUAUAUGGGCAUUUCGAAUGGGUAUUUAAACUUGCGUCAGUGGAUACUCCGGUAUACGAGAAGCUAUCAUGUCUCGGGAGAAACCAUACCGUACAUUGCAACAACAAAACUUACCUUAUAAAACCUUGAAAAGUAAGAUAUACAUGAGACAAUAACAAAUUACUUAAAUCACCAGUAUAACAUCUCUUUAACAACGGGUAUAAUCCGUUUAUUAUUACUUUCUAGUAUGAAUGUACGAUAAAACUUACAAUUCUUAAAUUUCAAAUUCACUACUUUGUUGUCAUCAACUAUACUACUACAGUUUCAGAUUUUUGUUGGUUCUCAAAAUCUUGGAAUCUGUGUGUUUUACAUUUUAUGCUUGAAGUAUGUUCAUUCAGUGAUACAGAUUCUACGCACUAAGUGUAAUCCGCACUAAACUACAUUGUUUCACUUGGUUAUAAUGGUAAGGACUCGAGUUUAAGAUUUUCGGUAUGGCUAAAGUUUAAAGAAGAUCCGUUGAAUAUUAUAGCUAGCCUGUCGAAAUCUAAUGCAAAUAAGUAAAUUUAAAUCUUCAAAAAGUAACCAUCAUACAUUUAUAUUACAGCUAAGAAUUAACUUAUAUUCCUCAAAUUUUAUUUAUUAAAACUUUUUAUGAUAGUUAAAUAAAUUUUGCUUUUCUUCUUUUCUAUUCAUUUAGCUUGUCAACAGUUAUUUCUUAUACCUGUUUUUUUCCAAAAUAUCUUUUUGUUACAUUUUGAUUUAUUUUAUGAUUCUCAAAUCUUACAUUGUUAAUGGUUACGAAACAAUAUGAGAAAUGAAUAUUUUAAAAUAAAUUAAGGCCUACUUAUGAUACCAGAUAUCUAAUCCGAUCAUUAUAGUUGUUUAAUACGAGAAGAGGUUUAUUCUCGCAAUAGUUAGGUACUAAGAUUGAUGAUUAAAUCAUAAAGAAAGGCAUAUUGCAUUUGUUAACAAAGAACCAAAUUUUUAGAAAGUUACACAUGGAUGAUCUUCGCACAUAUACAUAAACCCUAGCUACUUAGGGGCAGACGUGUAAUUUUAAACCACAAGACUUAAACAAUCACCACAGAAAGACACUAUCGGAAAAUUAACCAGAGGAACAUCCUCUAGAAGAAUGCUUGUGAACACAGAAAAGCCUGGAAAACAAGCAAUUCAAUCAUACAAACAAUUCAAUCAUUCUUGUAGAUAAUUAAAUUUAAAUGAAGAGAAAGAAGUUGUAGAGCUCCCUUCAAUCCAAAGAAGAGUAAAAGCAAUUAAAGGGCAAGUUAAAGCUCCUAAGAUAUGCAAGCCAUAUAACCAAAUCCUUUUUUUUCUCUCUAUAAGGAUUAGGGCUUAUGGGAUCCAUAGCUUAGCAGCUUUUCUUUACCCUACUAAACUCUCGUUUGAACUUAAAGGAGCUCUACUUUCAAUCUUCUUUUUUGUUCUCAAGAAAAUUAUUUGGAAGACCAAAGAUCUAUCCAGAUAAACAUGUUUGUCAAAUCAAAAAAUCCACCUAUGUUGUGGAUCUGACCUGAGUAACAACCAUGGAGAUUAAAGAAACACGAACUAAUAAACUAUAAAAGUUUUCUGUUCAAAACAUAAUCUAUAGUCUACGUUAGAGAUAAUAGAAAGAGGCAUAGAAAUUAAGACCACAAAGUAAAGCGGAAGAGUAGAAAAUUAAAGAUCGACAACCUAAUCAAUAAAACCAGCUGAAUAAAAUGAAACAAACUUCGGUAAUAAAGAAAAGCUUUGAAGAAGCUAUCUGAAGAACCUAGUUAACCAGAUCUAGAGAGAAGGAGAGAGCGAAAUAAGAACAAUCAUGUUUUUGGGAGAAGUGAAAUGAUAGAGAGUUGUAGUUAUAGUAGGUUUAGAUAUUCGUUACUGAAGGGGAAAGAAUGAUAAUUAUAGUCGUAAAUAAAAAUGAAAAUAGGAGAAAAUAAACAGGUGGGUGCAUCUGUAAAGGCAUGGGAAUGGUCUGACAUUGUUUAGUGUUAGAUUCCCUACGCGUCACAUGCGUCCUUCUUGGCUUUUGUGUUUUCACCAAACAUUAUUUUGUAAUACUGAUAAUUAUUUUUUUCAACUACUAGCCCACUGUCCACUACAUUUUAAGGUCUAACUUUGAAAAUGUAGGUGGCCUACCAAAUUGUUUAUAUUAUACAAAUGUAUUUUCGAUGUCUAGAAGAAAUAAUUAACCGUAAUAGUGCCAAACUGGAUCACGAAAUAGUUUGAUGUGCGGUCAGGAUUAAGUCAGAUGAUGUGGGCACGAAAAUAUGGAAUUUGUAUUUUUUUUUCUCUUUUUUUUUGUCGUCGACGAUGGAAUUUGUAUUCUCUGAAAGAAAAUCUAUGGUUAUAUUUAUUACAACUAACUUGUCGUAUUUACCCCCACAACAAGUCUGGUCUCUUUCAUAAUUCGGACCGAUGAAGAGAAAUGAUUUACAGACAAAUACGUAACCUCGCAUAAUCCGGAAAUUCCUAUAUUUUUUUCUGGUUCAUGAGAACACUCACAUGUUCAGCACAUAAAAGUAUGUUUUAUAUAUAUAACCUACUAGUGUUACAAAAAAAAAAAUAAACGAAUAUUAUUGAAAUCACAAUAUUCUACUAAUUUAUAGAGUUGUUAAUUUAACAAAAUUUUAGAUCAAAAACUUAAUUUAUGAUUAGCUUUAAAUUAAUUUAUAGAUUAAUUAUUUAUUUAGGUUAUACUCUAGUUUAAAAAAUAUAAGCAUAUAAUGAUUUGAUAGUGCAAACAUUGUCCUAUAUGAUUCUUGGGUCGUUCUAACAAAAGCGAUGCUCGGCCGUAUUGUCAAUCAUCAGUCCAUUAGUAAUGGGUCUUAAAAUAGAGUAAUAUAUGGGCCUUAUUGUAAGAAAGGCCCAUAAAUGAUCAAAUCUCAAAUCGAAAUGAAACGUCGUCGUUAUGUCGACUCUUCAAGCGUUUUAUCUCCUUAGAAAAAGGGCGCAAAUCCUUAUCACAACUUUAGAGCGUCACCUUUCCUUUUUCAUAUACUUUUGAAUAUUUUGUUCCCUCAAAUGUUGAUUUCCUCUCUAAAUCCUCCAACGGCUACUUUUUUUUCUUUCUAAUAUCAAGAGCCGGAGCCUCCAACAUACACACAAACCUUCACAAUUUCAAGAACAACAGAUUAAUUAUCCGAUCAUUGUUUUGUAAAAAAUAUGGUGGAUCAAUACAGUGAGAUGGAUAAGCCAAAGAAAGUUGCUGAUAGGUAUCUGAGGCAAGAAGUUCUUGGCCAAGGCACUUAUGGAGUCGUCUUCAAAGCUACUGAUACUAAGAACGGACAAACUGUAGCGAUCAAGAAGAUAAGACUUGGUAAAGAGAAAGAAGGUGUGAACAUAACAGCUCUAAGAGAAAUCAAAUUACUCAAAGAGCUUAAACAUCCUCAUAUUAUAGAGUUGGUUGAUGCCUUUCCUCACAAAGAGAACUUGCACCUUGUGUUUGAGUUCAUGGAGACUGACCUAGAAGCAGUUAUCCGAGAUCCUAAUCUCUUUCUCUCCCCAGCUGACGUCAAAUCUUACCUCCAAAUGACAUUGAAAGGUCUUGAGUAUUGCCAUGACAAAUGUGUUUUGCACAGAGAUAUGAAGCCGAACAACUUGUUGAUAGGACCCAAUGGACAACUAAAACUCGCAGACUUUGGGUUAGCACGUAUAUUUGGUAGUCCAGGUCGUAAGUUUACACACCAGGUCUUUACUAGAUGGUAUAGAGCACCUGAGCUUCUGUUUGGUUCCAAACACUAUGGUUCUGCUGUUGAUGUUUGGGCUGUUGGCUGUAUCUUCGCCGAGCUUCUAUUACGCAAACCUUUUCUUCAGGGAAAAAGUGAUAUUGAUCAGUUAAGUAAAAUCUUUGCUGCCUUUGGGACUCCUAAAGAAGAUCAGUGGCCAGAUAUGUUAUCACUUCCUGAUUAUGUAGAGUAUCAGUUUGUCCCUGGGGCGUCUCUACGUUCUUUAUUCCCAAUGGUUAGUGAGGAUGGUCUAGAUUUGUUGUCAAAGAUGUUCACUUAUGAUCCCAAGUCUAGAAUAUCGAUUCAACAGGCUUUAAACCACAGGUACUUCACAUCUGCACCUUCUCCUACUGACCCUUUAAAGCUACCAAGACCAGUUCGAAAGCAGGACGCUAAAUCAUCUGAGAGUAAACUCAAAACUAUUACGGUGUUGUCACCAGCACAUAAGCUUAGAAGAGUGAUGCCUGACCGAGGAAAGAGUACGGAUGUCAUGAAACAAGCUAGCCAUGAUGGACAAGCACCUAUGUCUUUAGAUUUCACCAUACUAGCCGAGCGGCCACCAAACCGACUAACCAUUACCAGUGCGGAUAGAUCUAAUCUGAAGAGGAAACUCGAUCUUGAGUUCAUGUAGGAUAUAACGUAACAUAUGCUUCUUUCUUAUUCAUGUCAUAUUACUACUAGUGAUGAUGAACAUGGAGAAUCAUUCUUUCUGUUUACUAUAAACACACAAAGCAGAAAAACAUUAAUUGACAGAUGAUGAUGAUUAACUAAUCAUCAUGUACACCCAUCAUUAAUAAAAACUAUAUGCUUUUAGCUUCUGUUUA